AACCUGACAGAAGCCAUUCAGAAUGGAGUAUACCCUGUUGGAAAUGAAUCACAGAUUGAAGACAGCAACUGGGAUUUCAGUAACUCCUUCUUCUUUGCAGGCACAGUUGUCUCUACAAUAGGCUAUGGGACGCUACAUCCUAAAACUGCUGGGGGACAGAUCUUCUGUGUGUUUUUUGCUCUGUUUGGAAUUCCUCUGAAUAUUGUUUUUCUGCACCGUGUCGGUAAGAUGCUCUCACUGCUUUGUAAAAAGCUGGGGAAAUUCCUGUACGAGAAAGGAAUGAGAAAGAAGAAGAUCCAAUUUCUGACCCUUUUGUUCUUCCUGGCAACGGGGAUCCUAGUUUUUCUGUGCUUGCCAUCACUCUUCUUCCAGAUAACAGAGGGCUGGUCCUACAGUGAAGGAAUUUACUUUGCAUUUAUCACCCUCAGCACCAUUGGCUUUGGCGAUUAUGUAGUAGGUAAACAGCCUGGCAGGAACUACUUUUCCUACUACCGAACGCUGGUGGCCACUUGGAUUCUCUUUGGCCUUGCCUGGAUUGCUCUCCUAUUUAAUUUAUUGACAACAGUGCUAGAAGAUACUGAAAAAAUAAUUGUCAAGGAUCUCCAUCAAAUUGUAAAGGUGAGUAAGGACAAUGAAGCAAGCCAACAAAGAAGAUGCUGGCCUGCUCAAUUUAUUCCAGAAGAAGAACUACUACCACCACAUGCUGGAGGGGAUGCACAGAAAAUUGAGUCAUUAGCAGCAGAUUCUGAACAUACAAAAAAUGAAAAAACAGUUUUUUCUUAUAGCAAAAGUAUUGAGACAUAUGAGACAUAA